AUGACGAAUAUAGUUUGGUGUAACAUUGCCAUUUUCUUAUUGGCCUCGUUGUUUCUUACUGACAAUGCUCUUGUUCUUGAGGCCUUGCACCACGCCCCUAAUAGAAUCAAGGACCAACCUUACCGGACCGGUUAUCAUUUCCAGCCUCCCAAAAAUUGGAUGAACGAUCCUAAUGGGCCUAUGAUAUACAAAGGGAUCUAUCAUCUCUUUUACCAAUGGUAUCCAAACGGCGUCGUAACGGAUUUUAACAAAAUCGUAUGGGGCCAUGCAACGUCAACGGACCUCAUCAACUGGACCCCACAUUCUCCAGCGAUCAAACCAUCUCGACCGUCCGAUAUCAACGGCUGCUGGUCCGGUUCCGUCACGAUUCUCCCCAAUGGCAAACCCGUAAUUCUCUACACCGGCAACGACCGUAACAACCAUCAGGUCCAAAACCUAGCCAGACCUAAAAACCUCUCCGAUCCAUAUCUCCGUCACUGGACCAAAUCGCCGGCGAAUCCCCUCGUGACCCCCAACGCCGUCAACCACAUCAACUCCACCGCGUUUCGCGACCCAACCACCGCGUGGCUCGGCCGUAACGGCCGGUGGCGCGUGAUCACCGGAAGCCAGGAAGGUCGUCGUGGAUUAGCUCUUCUUCACACGAGCCGAGAUUUCACCAGCUGGAAGCAAUCGACGAAGCCUCUUCACUACAACGACGGCACCGGAAUGUGGGAGUGUCCUGAUUUUUUCCCGGUGGCGAGGUUUAAUCCACAGGGACUCGAUACGUCGUCGUUUGGUGAGUCGAUUAAGCACGUGCUUAAAGUGAGCCUAUCAGAAACGAGCCACGAUUACUACACGAUAGGGACGUAUGAUCGCAUGAGAGAUGUUUAUGUACCGGACGAUGGUUUUGUUCAGGACGGUACGGCUCCGAGAUACGAUUAUGGAAAAUUCUACGCGUCGAAGACGUUUUACGAUUCGGUUUAUCGACGGAGGAUUUUGUGGGGUUGGGUCAACGAGUCGUCCCCGGUGAAGGAUAACGUCGAUAAGGGUUGGGCCGGUUUGCAGGCGAUUCCAAGGAAAGUGUGGCUUGAUGAAUCAGGAAAGAGAUUGAUGUUAUGGCCGGUUAAGGAAAUAGAGAGGUUACGUGCAAAGCAAGUUAAGUUGGAAAACAAAGUUUUGGAGGGAGGAGGAUCUGUGCUUGACGUUCAUGGGGUCACAGCUUCACAAGCAGAUGUGGAGGUUUUCUUUAAAGUGACAGGUUUAGAGGAAGCAGAUGUGAUUGAACCGGGUUGGACCGACCCACAAUUGAUUUGCAGUCAGAAUAAGACUGCAUCGUCCGGUUUAGGUCCAUUCGGUUUAAUGGUUCUAGCCUCCAAGAACUUGGAAGAGUACACCUCGGUUUAUCUCAGAAUCUUCAAAGCUCGUCAGAAUAGUAAGGACCAUGUGGUAGUCAUGUGUAGUGACCAAAGCAGGUCUAGUUUAGAGAAAGGGAAUGAUAAAACACCAUUUGGUGCUUUUUUGGAUAUAUCUCCUUAUCAACCAAUCUCUCUCAGGACUUUGAUUGAUAAUUCAAUAGUGGAGAGCUUUGUUGGGAAAGGGAAAACAUGUAUUACCUCAAGAGUUUAUCCAAAAUUGGCAAUAGGAAAAAAUGCGCACCUCUUUGCUUUUAACAAUGGAUCUCAGAAUGUUGAUGUUUUAAGCCUAAGUGCUUGGAGCAUGAAGUCUUCCCUCUAA